AUGUGGGACCCAUUGAACUACCUUGACGAGGAGCCGACCGCUGCCUCCCUUCACAGGGUUUCCCGAGACAUGAUGGACUACGUCCUCAAUCCAGUUCCCCGAUCCAUUCUGUACGUUGAAGAAACGGACUUUACGCGACAGCAUGUACUGCUGGCAGGGGAGCAAGGCACGGCUUGGGCGGGUGGAUUUUUCGAGUUCUUCAUCAAGUUCCCACGUGAUUAUCCGACAAGGCCCCCCCGCGUCCGCUUUCUGACCACUGAUCACGGCCGAGUACAGUUCCACGAGAAGCUGCCACCUUAUGGUAUGGUGCGCCUGGACGUACUUGCCACGACGGGGACCUCCGCGUGGCGGAGCUACAUGACGUUAAGCACGACAAUCCACGCGAUUAAAUCGCUACUACGUGAGUGCCGGUCGAGGCCACGCUACAUACGCACCCAGACCAUGAGAGUUGCGGUACUUGAGCAGUUGAAGAGAGCGCUCAAGGCGGACAACACCCAGCCACCAACCUUCCGGAAGUACAUCAUUCACAGCUUCCUAGAUUCAUACGACGAAUACGAAAGAAGCGUGACCUCGACAAUCAAGGGUGUGCCGUUUGCGACUGGCGACGGCUGGAACUACAAGAAGGAGGAGCUGUUAGCCCACCUCAGGGCCUGCAAGGAGAAAGCAGAACUGUUUGUUCAAGCUGAAGCAGCAAACGAAGAAGUCCCAGUAAGGCACACGGUGCUAGCUCCGGCGCCCGCUGACCACUCGGUGCGUUGA